AUGGAUGCUUCGAAAUUGGACUUGAUUGGUGAUCCAAUAAAACCAAUAAAAUUCAAUUUUUCCAGCGACCUACUUGCCUUCAUUCACGUGCAGAAGACGGGUGGAACUCGUUUCGAAUAUGUCUUAACCCAUGACGUCAUUGGUGCGCCUAGAUGUCACUGUAAAAGAAUUGUGAAACUAGUUCACAGAUGUAAUUGUCCCAGGGAUGUAAAAGCCCAUUCCAAUGAUUCAUUCCAAACCUGGCUUUUUUCGAGAUUCAAUUAUAAUUCUAAAUUAUGCGGAGUCCAUCCUCCCUUCAUAUGGGUCAGAAGAUGUUUGCCUAUAUGGAUAAAAUACUUAGAAUUGCACCAAAAUUAUAAGGAUAAAUGGAAAUCGUAUAUUAAAAGUAAUGCUAUCGAAAUCAAGGAUGGUCGAAUAUCUGGCCCUGGCAUUGAUUAUAACACCAUGAGGAAAACCAACUUGGAAAGAACGUAUUUCAUAAGUCUCGUGAGGGAUCCGAUAGCUAGAUAUGUGAGCGAAUUUAUGCAUAUCAGGAGAAACCAAGAUUGGCACAAAUCUUACAUAGUAUGCCAUGAUGAAAUAAUCCAACAACCUGAUUGUUUCUCUAAAUAUACCAAAAAUUUGACUCUUGUGGAUUUUGUUUCCUGCAGUAAAAGCUGGUCUAACAAUAGAAUGACUAGACAUUUCGCUGAUUUACCUUCGAUAGAAUGUAAUAAAAGCCUAACCGCUGAUCAAAAGGAUGAUUUAUUGCUCAAGAAUGCCAAAUAUAAUUUGCUGAAUGGGUUUCAGGCCUUCGCGAUUCCCGAAUAUUCUAACGAAUCUCGAUUCCUUUUUUAUAAAAUGUUGGGUUUAAAUUUUUCCUGGACUUAUGAAUUUUUGAACCACACUGAAUGGAUACAAUCGUACCAAAAUGCUUCCUACUUCAUCAAACAGAAAAUCGCUUAUAAUAACCGGCUCGAUAUAGAUUUAUACGAUUUCGCCAAAAAUGUAUUUCAACUGAGAUUAAAGCGUUACAAUUACAUAUUGUCAAAAUCCUGA